AUGACAGUCGACUUCCCGGAUUCCUUCUGGGGCGAGAAAAAUGCCGGAUUCGAGCUUCUCUACCGAAGCUGCAAACAGAGUCAGGCGACAGCCAAAGAGUUGGUGGACUUCGUCCGAGAACGCAGCCAGAUCGAGGAGAAGUACUCGAAGCUUUUGGCGAAGCUAGCGUCUUCUCGACUGCUGGGCAGCGGGUCUUCCGUAGCGCCGCUAUGGGCUGCUCUCAGGAGUUCGACCGAAAAAGCGGCUUCCGUGCACUCGCAAUUGGCACAUCAACUCAGCGACUCGGUCAAAGACAUUCAACGCUACGCCGACGAGCAGCAUAAACGUCAGAAAACGAUCAAGGAUGAAGAAGCUCCCACCAUAGACGCCGUCCAGGCGCUCCAGCAGAACUCGUUGCUCCUGGCCAAAGCUCGGAAAGCGUACGACAGUCGAAAAUCCGAAACGAACGACCUAAAACGCAAGAAAGCUCUCGAAGACUAUCGAACGCAGAGCGAUCGGCACGAGCUCGCGCGGGUGCACUUCAUCAUGAAAAUGAGCGAGGCCUGCGCUCGAUUUCAGGUGCUCGAGGAGAAUCACCUCAGCGCGGUGAAGAGCUUCAUCGAAGGCUAUAUCCACACGCUGAUCAACAGCUACGCGAUGUGUUCGUCAAUGUGUCAGGACCUGCAGACAAACGUCGACGCACUCAGCAUCGAAGCGCUGCUCGACCGAUUUUGUAAAGAGCGCGGAACCGGUCGCGACAAGCCCGAGCCCCACAAAAUGCUGCUCCGCGAGGACACGCCUCCGCUCUCCAGCAACUCGCUCCAUCACGCGCAGGUGCAUUCGCAGAGUUCCGAGGACGUUUUCAGAUCCGGUCACACGAAUAGCACGGGAAGCAUUUCUGCUUCGACAGCGGGAGGCUCGAUAAACAGCCAGCAGCGGAAUCAUCUGGCCCCGAUGCUACACCGGUCGUCGCAGUCUCGGCUCUCAAAUUUAUUCGAUACCGUGCGAGGACGUCACAGGCCGACGAGUUGCAGGAACAUCGACCACUCUUCAGCGAACGACCCAUCGUCGGGUUUGGGCUCGGCGGCGAAUCUCAGCUCGUCUAGUACGAUGACGAUGCCCACGACCGGGGUCCUCGUGGAUCAGGAAGGUUACAGUAUACCUCUUCCGCCCACGUCGCAAGCGUCGGCCUUGUCGAAAGCGGCUCAAGACAGUUCUAGUGAUGACAGCAGAGAUGACGAUGAGACUUCGAAUAGGAUAUUCAAGAUCGAAAUCAAGCCCAUUUCAGAAGCGACCUAUAACGCAACACAAGCCCAACCGACUCGCUUGGUGUCCCCGCCCGCGAGGACUGUAAUGAGUCCGGAAUUCAACGGGAAUCGAACCCCUCCCACGCUCGCAGAGCUGCCGAAAAGCAUAAUUCCCCGACCGCAAUCCCGGAGGUCGGUCGACGUGUCUUCACCGUCGAUGACGCGAGCCGAGUCUGUCACGUCGAUUGGGUCCGUUUCGACAGGCUGGUCUCGAGGUCCCUCACCCCUUACGCUUGGAUAUGGCGAUACGAUUCCGAUAGCCGUAGCUUUCCAGGAAGUCGUCCACGCAUCGUUCCGAGGCGCAGAAGAGGUGAGGAUUUUCGGUGGUAUGAAAAUGUGCUUCCCGGCCGGCAUUCUCAACGUGCUCAUGUCGCAUCCGAACAUACCGCAACUGACAUUCUCAUUGGGAAAUCUUCCUCUGGACAACCUCACCCCGAAUUCGCUAUUGGUCACUUCGGUAGAAGAGCAAUCGGGCACCUUCCGGAUAGAUAUGAACGUAUUGUCGCAGUUGAAGCGUCUCCACGACGCUCACCCCGGCCAGUCCUACUUCAACGUUGAUCUGAUGAAGUAAAGUCUAGCCGGUGGGCCCGGGGCGGCGUCGGCGCCCCUGCAUCUCGUCACCUACUGGAACUGCGACUCGACCAAGUCCGACCUCAAGGUGGACUAUCUGUACAACGCGACAGACAAGUGGGCUCAGAGGCCGUGCAACGCCAUAAUUACGGUCACGCUCCCGCCAUCUGCCGCCAUCAGCAACGUACACUCGAAGCCACCCUGUAGUUGGAACGGCGCGUCAAAGAAAGCCUCUUGGAAGGUCGUCAACAUCAAAGCCGGAUCCAUCCUGGCUCGCUUUCAGCACGACGGGCCGCUGCACGCCGAUCCUCCGGGGGAGGUCGCGGCCCAGUUCUCCAUAGAAGACGCGUGCUUCAGCGACGCUUCGUUCACGCUUGCUCCCGCCUGCGGUUAUCGUGUGUCUCUGAUCAAGAAGAAAAUCAUUUCCGGUCGCUACACUGCUGUGAUGUGA